GCUUGCUUCCAACUUUGGGGGUGUCAAAUAGGGGUUAUGCGAGGAAAAUAAGCGGCCAAGGCAACCACAACGUCAACAACAGCCACCAUGGUUCUCAAGACUGAACUCUGCCGCUUUAGUGGUGCAAAGAUAUGCCCUGGUAAGGGUAUCGGAUUUGUUAGAUCUGAUUCUCAGGUCUUCCUGUUUGCAAACUCGAAAUGCAAGAGGUACUUCCACAACAGACUGAAGCCUUCGAAGCUUACUUGGACAGCUAUGUACAGAAAGCAACAUAAGAAGGAUAUAGCCGCAGAAGCUGUGAAAAAAAGGCGUCGUACUACUAAGAAACCUUAUUCUAGGUCCAUUGUUGGAGCUACAUUGGAGAUAAUCCAGAAAAAGAGAACUGAGAAACCUGAAGUGCGAGAUGCUGCCAGGGAAGCUGCUCUUCGUGAAAUCAAGGAGAGGAUCAAGAAGACUAAGGAUGAGAAGAAGGCGAAGAAAGCAGAACUAUUAAACAGAAAUAGUUUAAUACCUGAUCUCCACCAUUUAGAAUAUAGAUUAUUGAAUCGUGAAUGUGCUGAUAAAAUUUCAACUUAAAUCAAACCAUAGAUUGAUGUCUAUAGAACUAACAACUCUCUUUUCUCCUUUUUCUCUCUAUCUUUUUUGGUUCCUUUUUCUUUUUCGGUUUUCAUCACCACUCUUUCAUGCCAAAAACACAGCCCCACAGUUUUAUUAUGCAGGACUCUAUUUCGGUUAAAAACAAAUGGUUUUGGUUUUUAAUUGGUCAAAACCAAAAGCAUAGGGUUAGACCUCGUAUAACAAUCUUCUCCUCUAACCACAUUAAGAGGAGAUUUAUCAUCAUAGCAGUUUCAUUUAGAACUUAUCUUGGUCAAAUAAUUCAUUCCGAUUAAGUUAUUGCAGAGUUCAAGCUUUUCUCUGGAAAGUGUUUAGUUAACAUAUCUGUUACAUUCUUAUCAGUAUGAAAUUUCUUUAACUACAUUUAUUGCUCCUCAAUUACCAAAUAUAGCUAGUGAUAUUUAAUAUCAAUAUGCUUUAUUUUAGCA